UUUCAGUGUAUACAGAGAGAGAAACAGGAUAACAGCUCCUCUCUCUUAUCCCAUCACCUUCCCCUGCCCAUCGGCGCUCCUCCUCUCUCUCUCUCUCUCUAAGCCAGAGCACCAGGACCCAGAAAGAAAAAUGGCGUCUUGCGCCGCGCCGUCGCCGUCGCCGGUAGCCCUAGGGCGCCGGUCGCCGUCCUCCGCCCUGUCCGCGGCUCAGGAGCCCGCCCCCUCCCUCCUGUCCUUCAAGAACCACCACCACCACCGCCCUUCCUUCCUCUCCCCCUUGAUCCUCAACUCCCUCAACUUCUGCUGCGCGGAUGAUCCCAGGACCAGGCUCCACGGCGGCUCCUCCCUCGGCCUCAUGGUCGCCGCCGCCGUCGCCGCCGCCGCCGAGGCGGAGGUGGCCGAGGAGGGCGCGGAAGGCGCGGAUGAACCCAAGGAAGGCGCCGCCGCCGUGGCCACCGUCGCCCCGCGCAAGCCCAAGAAAGGGAAAGCCGCUUUGCUGCUCAAGAGGGACAGAACUAGGUCGAAGAGAUUCUUGGAAAUUCAGAAACUCAGAGAAAACAAAAAGGAGUAUGACCUGAAUACUGCAAUUUCCUUGCUGAAAGAGACGGCUAAUAGCAAGUUUGUUGAAACUACUGAAGCCCAUUUCCGGCUGAACAUCGACCCUAAGUACAAUGAUCAGCAGCUGAGGGCGACUGUGAACUUACCCAAAGGAACUGGACAGACUGUCAAAGUGGCCGUGCUUACUCAAGGUGAAAAGUUUGAUGAGGCGAAGAAUGCAGGAGCAGAUUUGGUUGGAGGAGAGGACUUGAUAGAACAGAUCAAGGGAGGAUUCAUGGAUUUUGACAAAUUAAUUGCUUCCCCAGAUAUGAUGCCCAAGGUUGCCAGUUUAGGAAAGCUUCUGGGACCACGAGGACUCAUGCCAAAUCCAAAAGCUGGCACAGUGACGACUAACAUACCUCAGGCCAUUGCAGAAUUUAAGCAGGGAAAGGUUGAAUAUAGGGCGGACAAGACUGGGAUUGUUCACAUACCUUUUGGAAAAGUUGAUUUUUCCGAAGAAGACCUCCUCGUGAAUUUUCUUGCUGCAGUAAAAUCUAUAGAAGCAAACAAGCCAUCCGGUGCAAAAGGAGUGUAUUGGAAAAGUGCACACAUAUGCUCCUCGAUGGGGCCAUCUAUCCGGUUAAACAUAAGGGAGAUGCUUGAUUACAAGCCCCCAUCAAUUGCCUAAAUAGUAAGGCUGUAAAUUGUCUUGCCUGGUUCGUGUUCUUACCUCUCGUAUUGAGGAAUGACAUUGUUCAUAGAGGGAUGGGAUGGUGAGAGAAAUCAUAUGAGGGAUUGCAUGUCGCAAAGUACAUUUCAUUGAUAGGUUCAAAAAAUCUAUUUGCUUCUAUAGA